AUGACCACUAUCUUGAUGGCCUCCGAUGAUGAUAUCAUAUUGGAUUCAGAAGAGCGCGAAAGUCUUUGCCACUUCUCUUUCAAUCAUUGGCAAAAUCUUCCCCAGACAAAUAAAUGGUGCAAGAUCUUGGCCGAGGGAAUGAGGAUGUGUGCUGAAUAUUUUGGGUCGCAGGAUCCACUGGUUGGGAGCUUCAGUGGGAGAAGUUUUAGCUCAUUCAUCGACGCCUGUGCACAGGAAUACCGGCUAGAGCAUGAACUCCCGGUUCACAUAGGAAAUCAUGGGCUCUCCCAUCCAUCCUCAGAGGGGUGUUCCGUCGAGUUGUUUCCCGCCUAUUUUCGCGGCUCAAGUGGUGCUUCCUUAGCAUAUACCGUCCCGAUAUUCAAGGUCUCUCGUGACGAAGAAGUUCCCUUGUGCGUUUGGAUCACCGCAAUUCCCGAUAUCAUGAAGUUCAUCAACUUUGUCAACGAUUUACUAUCUUGCCCGAAGGAGAUUCUCACCGGAGAGGCAUGGAACUAUAUGACUUUGCAGACACAAGUAAAAAGGCAAGCGGGCCGGCUUACGAAGUACAGUUCCAAGCAUAACAAGCUUUGGACUUUCCGUGACACAGUUUGUGAGAUGCUGGAGGAACUGCAAAGAACAACACUUGCCCUGGAUCACGCUUUUACAAAGUGUAUUCGGACGGGUAUAGACGAUUGCCCCAUUGGUACAAAUGACAUGAGCAGUAGCACUCAGGAUUGGAAAAAUAAAAUCGAUCAGAACAUCGAAUCGGCCGCCCAUCUCUGGAUGAGCUUUAAGUAUGGUUACAUCUCCUUGCAUCUGAAUUCCAGCAGGUAUGGCUUGGAACCUAUUGCUUUUGGUGGAUGA